GUUACUUCUUGAACUGUGAGGAGGAGAGGCAAAUAAUGGCGAGAGGAAGAAGAUAAAUAAGAUUUUUCAUUCAUUUUAUACCUCAAAAGUCCACCAUCCAUCGACUAGGCUGAUGGGUGAGCCAGCAGUUAGCCCGGGCCGAUCAUCAGAGCUGUGGGACCAACAAGCUAAGGGUAUCGGUCAAACAACAAAUAGCCCGCCUGCUGCUGCUGUUGGUCAUCUCUCCCCCAGCGUGGUGCACCCCCCAAGUUCCUUUGCGUCUGUCACACACCUCUGUCAUUCCCAGGUGGGCGAGGUUGGGUGCAGCAGUGAGAGUGGGUCAGAAGCUGUAAAGUUAGAGCGUGGAGGCACAAGUGCAACACAAGGGGUUUACUACCCCAUCCUCUCUCCACAACAUCCCCAGGCUAUGGACGACAUUUCUCCUCCCUCUGGGAGUGGUGCCUUCUACAGCGGGACACAGCCGUACCGCCCUCCCGAUGGGUAUUAUGACCUGCUGGGUGGCUUGAGUGCGGCCAGCCCCGCACAGUAUGCUCCUCCGGGGACUGGGUCGGCUCUACCUGCUGGCCCACCCACACCAUCCAAAGUUGAGCCCCCUUCUUAUGUUGAGACCCCCCACACUCCUCUCACAUAUGGGGAGACUGCUGCUCCAAUGGACUUCAGUAGCAAUCCUCCAGGUUUAAGUUUCAGUAGCGCACCAUCUGCUGCUUACGGUAGUGCGUCAGACUUCUCUGAUGCACAGGGUUACUCCCAAACAGCAACAAACCCACUCAGCCUCUUGAGUGAUGUAGCUUUAGGUGGUGAUGCAAGUAGUAGUAGUAGCACACACAGUGCCAGUAGUGGAACAGGCAGUAGUAGUAGCAGCAGUAGUAGUAGCUCAGGGUCGUCAUCUUCCGGCGGAAGUAGCAGCUGUGACAGAGGCAACGGUGAAGUACGGAGGAAACGCGUACUUAGUGCAGGAGCCGAAGGUAGUCGAGGAAAGACUCAGAGAGGAAGAGUAGAGCCACGCAGGAGUGGAUGGAGCAGCUCUCAUCUGCAGCAGGAUGAUGACAGUGAAGAUGAAGAAGGAGAGAUGUCUCCUGGUGCUCGAGGAGUGAGACACAAGGUUGACGAUGGACCCACUGCACCUGACCUGCAGCUGGACUGGGUAACAUCUUCAGACUCCGACUCGGACACAGACUCGUGUAUAGAGGUUGUAAGCGUACAGCGAGGAGCAAGAGGCAACCGGGCUGUGGAUGUUGUGGAUUUAACUAAUGAAAGUGACGAUGAGGUGUUAGUAGCGAGUGCUACACCUCUGGUGCCAUCUACUGGGGUAACACUUCCAGCUCCUGCAUCCUCAUGUGCUGUAGCUUCUUCCAGUGGGUAUGGAAUAUCUCCUGUAUUGGGUAGAUUACCCACUGCCACCCAUACUGCUACUAGUGUAGGACUAUGCCGUGGACACCACACCUCAGAACCCAACCAGGCAACCACCUGCUCCUGUCCCCGUGGCCCAACGUUAGGUUCCAUUGGCCUGAGUGCCAGCGGUGCGGCAAGUUUCACGAUGGACCAUCACGGGAACUGUUACGGGGCCUGUGUGCAUCCCCACCACUCACCUCAUCACCAUCAUCACCAUCACCACCACAGUCUGGCACCUAGUCAGGGCCAUCACCACCAUCAUCACCACUAUUACUCACCAGACUCGCCACUCUACUAUUCUGCCCUCCCCGCCCAUCCGCUGUUCCCGUCGUACCCUCCCACCUCCCUAACAUCAACUGCCACUUACCCGACUCAUCCAUCAUUGUCGAGAUUAAAUCCCAUUCACCAGAGGAUAUGGCACAGUCAACAGCGGUAUCAAGAACUACAGAGACGUUGCUUAGACCCCCGCCUACGUGAACCUCUCACUCAGUCCAUGGCCAGAGCUGGAGCUUUAACUCAAGAAUUAGGACAGCACACCCUUGGUGGGGCUACAGCCACCAGCCUAGCCUCUCUCACGCCCCUUCAGCCCGUAACUUCCCAGACCUCGACUACCUCCACCAACAGUGACCAACAGGUUCCACCACAGACCAACUCCCCCUCAGCUCCCACUCCCAUGGACAUCCAGUCAACUCCAAAUGCUGCCCACAAUGCGACACACAUCACGGCGCCUCACCUCCACCAUCACCCAGGAAUGGAUGUUCUCAUGCAUAAUGCACACACUCACAGUGAGGGCGGUGGGCUAUAUGGUCAUAUGUAUGGUGGAACUGUACCUCCAGCUCACAUGUCCAUGCCUGCUGCAGCGGCAGCAGCAGCUGCGGCGGCUGCUGCCGCUGCUGCAGCAGCCAGUGGAGACCCAAGACACUUGACAAUGCCAGGACCUGGUUUGCACAUAAACAUUGGGGGUGGGUCUCAGCUGCCCCUGGACCUGUCCCUACCUCCCACACUAACCCCAGAGCUGCCUCCUCCACCUAGACUCACCUACAUACCUCAGCUCCCAAUAUUCCAACGAGGGUCAGCAAUCCCCCGGCUGGAAGAUUACAUGCGUGUAGUUGAUCAACGACGACUUCCUGUGGUUACUCGAGGUGCAACGCAGAACACGAUAGAGCGCAACACUUUCCCUCACAAGUACAAGACGAUGAAGCGUGCAGAUGUAACUGAAGAUGGCCUGGAGAAGUGCACCAUCUGCCUGUCAGAGUUUGAGGAAGAGGAAGAUGUACGAAGGUUGCCGUGUAUGCAUCUUUUCCACAUAGAGUGUGUUGAUCAGUGGUUAUCGACCAACAAACGCUGUCCUAUCUGUAGGGUGGAUAUUGAAGCUCACCUGACAAAGGACUACACUGCCACAUCUUCAUGAAAUCAAUACUCUAGUAAGAGUGGAAUAUCUUGAAGCCACCCCAUUCAUCCCAUUGUGCUUGUGAGGUGACAGAGGAAGGACCAUGGCCCACUCGAGUCCUUCCCUGGACCUGGUAGAGCAAGUUAAGUUCCUACUUAAUAAGAGACUCACAGAAGUCCUGAAAAAACUCCACAGCACAGAAUAAUUGGUUGAUCAGGGGGAGAAUUCCCACUUACUAGAGAUCCGGAAGAAACUAUUUUACGAAAUGGCUUAAUGCAACUAGGAUGAUGUUACAUCCUUCUAAGGGCUAUACAGUAGUAGUUGAACAAGUGUGAAGCAUCACUAUGGUGCCUCACAUGGGCGUAAUCCUCAGUGCACUGGGCAGUACAAGCUUCUGCUGGACUUUAGGAUAGUGACCAGCUUCAGGGACAUUGCUUGUAUCUACAGCACUGUGGAGGAUCCUACCUAUUGUGCCAGUGCAAGGAGUUGUGGUUCACAUUGUAAUACAGGAUCUAUGCUAAUCCUCCUACUUUAUAUAUAUAUAUAUUAUAUAUAUAUACAGUAAUGUAUGUAUGUAUGAAUACUAGAGGCAGAGGCAGUGUAACCCACACUGUGUAAGGUAAACCAUCAACAUAUCUUCCAUAUCUUCUUAAGAUCUUGGACUAUUUGUUGCAUUGUCAGCUAAAUGCUACAUGUAUAAAAGUUGUUAAAAGUUGGCCAAAGUAGUCAGUAGAAUUGCCCUUGUGUUUGGAGGAGGAUGAUGCAAAAACUGUGUUAAUGUAUUUGCUAGUAGUGCAAUAACAGGAAAAUUUAAUUGUGUACCGGCGCACGAUAUAGCGCGUGCCUGUGUUACGCAGUGGUAGACAUCGUAUAAUAUACUGGACUCACAAGGAUGUGCAGUUUAUUAUUAUAAUGGGGGGCACACUUGUGGAAAGUGCAAAAAAAGUGUAUGUACUCUAGCCAAAACUUAUCUGAAACGGGUGUAUUCUUAUCACGAACAGUGUGGCUAAACGUGAAUGGGGGUAAGACAGAACUCUGGCAGUAGUCUGUAUAGAUGUUGGAGCCAAGAAAAGAGAACUGGAUGGAUAGGGCAUUUGACGCUCUGCAUUGAAGAAGGAACAGCCUCCAUUUUCCAUUAACCAGAUCUGAAUUAUUAAAAGCUGUAGAUAAUGCAUCGUACAGUACGUAUCGAAGUGAUGUACAGUAGUUAUCACGAUGAUUGUUUAGUUCUAGGCUGCCAGGUUGUUUGUAUAAAUAAGGUACAGUAUCAGUUGACAUUGAGGAGGACAAGACAUAAUUAUGUACGACUUCAAAUUCACCCAAGGCAGAGAAAGACGUCAAAAUUGAGGUUAUUUUUUCUUCAGUUUCUUACCUGUUUCCUAGGGAUUGGGAUAAAGGUCCUCUAUUCCCCACACACUCAGGUAUGGUGCAGAAAUAGUCAAGUUUGCCGUAGUUAUGCCGCCAGUGUGAAUGUUUGCCGCUGCAGGGACUUGGUGCACAUCUAAGACUGACAGCUGAGUUCUUGUGUAUUUAUGGUGAGUUGAUUGAAUGUGAUACUCUUAACAUGUAAUAGUUUGCACGUGUAAACACUUUAUUUCAUUAUCUUGUGUGAUUGUAAUUUUUUUCCUCUCCUCAUCCUUAACUGUGGUGAAGGUUAAAGAACUUCUCAUAACUAUACACAUUACAUAAUAACCUUCCUUUCAUCUGUACUUGUGAUAUUGAGAAUUCAUCUUGUCUUCUUAAGUGGCUAAUAGUAUAUCUUUGUUGAAGUUUAUUUUAAAUUUCACAUAUUUUUUCCCAAGGAUUCUUAAAUAAUAGUUUUAUCAUGAAACACAUCAAUGAGAAACUUUCCUUUUUGUGUGGCUGGUGAACUGUCAAGAUUUGAGUUGUUCAUAUUUUGUGGUUCAUCCAGUGUUGUACCUGUUACACUUUAGUACCUUUGGUUUCUUACACUGCAGUGCUCUUCUUUGUUGGAAUCAAGGCUGGAGUCAUUUGAACAUGAUUAGUGACAGGCUACCAGGUCAUACUUAACAAAGGGAGCCAAGACUCACAGACAAUGAUGUGUGACCCUGAAAACAGCAAGGCCUUAAUGCAUCCUCUUGAUAAUUAUAGUAAGAUCAGUAAGUACAAUUUAACGCUAGUCCGGUUUGGUCUUGAAAGAAAUACUACUAUCAGGUUUGUGUAUUAGGUCUUGAAUAAUGUCUAGCUGAUGGAAAUGAUAUAUAUAUAGCAAGUAUUUGUCUUGAUAACUCCCUCCUCUUGGUUAUAGGAGUGGGGGUACAGAAAACUUAUGUCAGUGUGUGUGUGUGUGUGUCGACCUAUAUCCCGUGAAUUUUCUCAUAACUGAUAACUAGAAGUACAGUAUGCAUUUUGUUUUUAAAUGCGAGAGAUAUUGCCUCUUCACAUUUAUUAAGUCUCGGAGUUACUCGAGGCAGAAUAAUGUUCAACUUCACGUCUGGGGAUUUGUUUUAAACCAGAGAAUGUCUCAACAUGACCAUCAAUCAGUGAUAUAAUAUGUGAGGUCAUUAAUGUUGUGAUCAUGCUAGAAAAGUCAUACAAAGUCACUGACUGUUUACAUGUAAUCCCAUCCAAGGUCUGAGGACUUUUAUAACACUAAUAAGAUUUUCGUCUACAGACUAAGAUGACCACAGUAGAUGUAAACCUCGUCGCGUUCAGAAAUAGCGUAGUUUGACGUUGAAACAAAAGUGGUAAAUAUUGUACAGUUUUAGGUACGGUCUUCAUUGAUAUGUGUACGCAUGGCUUCAGCCUAAUUCCUAAACAAAGAUAAUCGACACUAGCGGUUGUGUUCCCGUCUUUAUCCAGCGUGUUAUUUUUCCCAGAGUAGUAUUGCAGUUUAAUAUAUUUUCUUUCCACUUAAGAUAAGUUUUUUUUUUUUUUUUUUUUUUUUUUUUUUGAGAAUUGUCUCUUAAAAGUUUCGGAGGUUGUUUGUUAUUGUUAGGUGUGCAGGACGGUACUGUAUCAGUGAGAGAAUGACACACGUUGUUCACAUUGCCAGUGGGUUCCCUC